UCUCUCUCUCUCAGCUCUAACACAAUCCUAGAAAUGGCCUUUAGGAAACAGAACAAACUACCACAAGCUGCAGUCAUCAAGCAAAUCCUCAAGAGAUGCUCGACCCUAGGCAAGAAAUUGCACAGCUACGACCUCCAGGACGGCCUCCCGUUCGAUGUGCCGAAGGGCCAUUUUGUCGUUUAUGUUGGGGAAAGCAGGAGCAGAUACAUCGUCCCGUUGUCUUUCCUAUCUCAUCCCGAUUUUCAGCGCCUGCUCCAACGAGCCGAAGAAGAGUUCGGGUUCGACCAUGACAUGGGCAUCACGCUUCCAUGCGAGGAAGUCGUUUUUCAGUCUCUCACCUCCAUGAUUAGAUGAGUCGGAGAUCAAGGAGAUGGUGGCGUUAGGAUGGUGGGGGUUUUGCAUGGAGAGAAGAUGUUCAAGAUGAAGCUUGCAAAAGAUUGACGCACCUCGUUUUUUUAAAAACUUCGCUCUAUGGUUAAUCCUAAUUUUUGGAGCCAUUAGGUUCUAUUGUGUCUAACGACUCUCUAACUUGAAGUCCCAGAUAUUUUCUGGGCUUCAUUUGUAUAAAGUUGGUGGUUUUACCUCAUCAGGGUGGGUUUUGCACUUGCAGCCUUUGACUAAGAGGAGAAGAUGAGGACUAAAUG